UGUAACCUCGGGAGUCCUUGAAGCUUCCUAGUGGAUGCUUAGUAGCAUUUGUUUAUAUUCUGUGAAAAACAGAAGAGAAACAAAGAAAUCACCCAAAUUUUCAAAAUGCCUGUCAAAAGGCAAAGUAAAGUCUACGAUGAAUCUGACUCAGAUGAUGAUGAUGAACUCAAGGACCUUGCCAUGUUGAGAAAGCCCAUAGGCAACCGUAAUAAUUCACUGAGCUUGCAAUUUGAGAUCCCAGCAUCAGUACAGUCAGUCAUCCAUAAGAUUGAGGAAUCACAGAUCAUUCGGGCCAAAGAGGAAGUUAUUUGGAGGCUGACUGAAAUAAUGAGCAACGUGGAGCUGAUAAUGACUCGGUAUAAUAUCGACAGCAUGUCCCCUGGGAGGAAGGGCUCCAUCUCAGAAAACCAGAAAAAGAAGAGAAAGGUUUUCUUAGAAAAGAUUGCCACAGUUAUGACGAACGUUGACCUUAGAGAAAGGACUCUCUCCAAGAUUCUGUCCUGGCUAGAAGAAUGGAAUCUUAUUCUGUCGGAGGUGGCUGCCAUCGACAUGGAUGAAUAUCACCACUGGAUUGUGAAGAUGGAGCUGAUACCAGACAUGCUGAAAAGGAUCAACAAUAAUGUCGACUCUCUGAUUCAAAUGACCUUAUUACUCAUGGAAGAGAAGAAGAGAGCGAAGAAAAGAACAUUGGCUAGAGGUACUCUCUGGAAAGCUUGGAAAGACCGAGCUAUAAAGCGGCCUGCCACAGCCCAAGCUUUAAGUCUGGAUCAGAUGAUCUUUGACCAGAUCGGCUUAAACGCCAAGGUUUCGGAGAUUCAGAGCAUGCUGCAGGAACUCAUCAGCACAGCCAUGUUCAGCAAGCUGGAAAAUACUGCCAUUAAAUACAUGUCCACCACAGUCACCAAUCUCUCCAAGGCCCUGAACACCGUCAACGAUGAACUAAAACUCGUGAGCUCUCGAGUGGUCAGGUCUGUUCUGAAGGAAGAGAAAGAGGAAGAGAAGGAGAAAGACCACUCCAAGCAGGUCAUCCAAGAACUCAGUGAGGAGAACGAGAUGCUCCAGCAGAAACUUAGAGAAUCCGAAGAAAAAUGCGACCAACUUAUUCGCAUCAAAAAUUAUCUUGGACGCCAGAUGGUACACCCGACCGCGUCCUUGAGAAUACUGCCUUUACAGGGGCCGUUUCUCAGCAGGGAGCCCAGGGACACUGAGAGGGAAGGAAAGACGGACGACUCCCAGAAGGAGGGGACCAAAAGCUCCGCAGUGACAUGGGACCCAUCUUCCAGUGAAGGGGCUCCGGAUGCAGCUAAGCAGCAAGUUGAGGACAAAGCUGAGGCCAUCCAAGACCAGAUAAAAUUCAAAGGCCUGCCACUGACAGCGGAGACCUCGGACACAAAUCUGGAAACAGAGGAAAAGAAACUCACUCAACUCACUAUUCUAAAAGCUAUGGAAAAGAAGAAAGUGGAUAAAGCAAAGGUCCAGAAAGGCAAAGGGGGACCAAGUGCCAUGUGGGAGCAACUCAAGAAGGGCAGAUCUGAGCAGCUGAUUCGAGGCAGCUCGGGCUCACCAGAGAGUAGAGAGUCCACCCUUAAAUUAACAGACAAAGAAGCCAAGAGUGAAAUAGAACUGCUUCAGCCUGAGGGUACCCCAGAGCUACAAAAACCAGAAACAAAGUGGAAAAGACUCGUAGCAAAAACUGAGGAAACAAAACAGUCUGGUAAAUUACAAACCAAGACUUCUAAGGUGACUUCAGUAACCCCCGAUGAAAGUGAGCAGGGCAGUCUAGAAUCAUUUCAAAGAGCCAUCCUGGCCUUCCUGAGAGAGAAGACGAAUAAUGUCGGAAAGGCUUUUGAUCCAAAGAGUAUACGGAAGGAGGAGUCGUCACUGGGGAAAGCAGAAGUCGAAAAUUUAAACAUCAUAAAGGCAAAAAUAGAGGAAUAUUUCCAAAAAGUGGCUGAAACCGUGACUGUAGCCUUGAGGACAUACAGAGAUGAAAGAAAGGUUCAACCUAAAGAGAAGCCCAAGAAACAGCCAAAGGGAGCCCUGUCACGGAUGCUUCCUAAGCAGGGGGCGGUCGGUGCCAAGUCUGAGGUUGGCAGAGUUCUCCUCAGCGAGAUCACAGACCCAGCAAUUAAGAAACUGAUACAGAUGCUCUUAAAUGAGAUAGAGAGUGACUUCAAAUACAAAACGACAAAGGAACAGCAACAGGCGGCGGCAGCGGCGGCAGCGGCUCAGAAGGAAGAGCCAGGACUGAGGAUGAAGGACAAAAUGGAGCUGCUGGAGGUGUGGAAGCAAGCAUUCAAAACCUCACAAGGCCACGAGGUUCAGGACCUGGGAGAUGCAGAGGAUGCAGAAAAGCCGAAGUGGAGCGAGCCGGGUCAUCUUGCUGUCAGCAAGACCUCCAUCAGUCUAACUCCCAGGCUGAUGAAGGCCCCGAAACCGCAGAUAAGUCAGGCGCAGGGGCUUCAAGUGGAGCCUGGUGUGAUGGGGGCCACGGAGGAACAGCAGCCCAAACUCUUUCCCUCCUCUUCCAGGAUCCCCCUCGUUUCUCCAAAGCCCCGCCAAGUGCAUGUCCCUGAGCAGGCCCAGAUAAUAGGCCCUCAGAUGUCCCCUCAGCUUUCAAUGGCAUCUCUCACCUCUGAGCAGGCACAAACUUUGAGUGGUCCUCUUACUCGUGAACACACUAUAGAAUCAAAGACCGCUUUCACAGCAGGGCAGGAGCAAGAACUGGGGACGAAGCUGAUGGUUCCUAGGAUUCUUGAGCUGACACAGACUCCAGAGGAGUCUCUCAAAUCAGAAAAACCUGAGGCAAUGCAGAUCUCCCAAGUGACUACUGAAGAGAUGUCUGGAGUCACAGAUACCCAAAGAACAAUUCUACCCUUCCAGCAGGUCCCUGAACAAGUAACCACUCCCAGUCCUGAGCAAGACAAGGGGCCAAGGAUUACUCUCACCCAAGAGCAGACCCAGGCCCUAGGCAUCACUCUCACCCCUGACCAAACUAAGUCCCAGAGGAUUAGUCUAACCCAUGAGCAGGCUCAGGCCCUAGGGGUCACUCUCACUCCUGAGCAGUACAAAGAGGACAGAAUCAGUCUGACUCCCCUACAGGCCCAGGUCCUGGGAAUCACUCUCAACCUUCAGCAGGCUAAGGCCCUGGGGAUCACGCUCACUCCUGAGCAAGUCAAGGCACAGAGGGUCAAUCUGAUCCCUCAGCAGUACCAGGUCCAGGGGACCACUCUCACCACUCAGCAGGCUGAAGCACAAAGAACUAAUCUCACCCCUGAGCAGGCCAAGGCUCUGGGGCUCCCUCUGAUUCCUCCUAAGCCAAUCACUUUUACCCGUAAGCAGCCCAGUAUCACUCCAACCCCUCAGCCAAUCACUCUCACCCCUGAGCAGACCCAGGCCCUGGGCAUCACUCCAACCCCUCAGCCGAUCACACUAACCCCUGAGCAGACCCAGGCCCUGGGCAUCACUCCUACCCCACAGCCGAUCACACUAACCCCUGAGCAGACCCAGGCCCUGGGCAUCACCCCGACCCCUCAGCCGAUCACACUAACCCCUGAGCAGACCCAGGCCCUGGGCAUCACCCCGACCCCUCAGCAGGCCAAGGCACAGAAGAUCAGUCUGACCCCUCAGCAAGCUCAGGACCUGGGGCUCACUCUCACCCCUGAGCAGGCCCAGGAUCUGGGAAUAGCUUCUACCCCUAAGCAGGUUGAAGCUGUGGGAAUCGUUCCCACCCCUACCCCUGAGCCUUACCAGGAAAGAUGUUUAAGUCUGACCUCUGAGCAGGUUCAGGCCUUGAGGACCAGUCUCCCCCCUAAGGAGACCCCGUCAUUGGGGAUUUAUCUCACCCCUAAGCAGGCCCAGUACCUGGGAAUCACUCUCACUGCUAGUCAAGCCAAGGUAAUGAAGAUUAGUCUGACCCCUGAGCAGGCCCAGGCCCUGGGGAUCAGUGUCACCCCUAAGCAGGCUAAGGCACAGAGGACCAGUCUGACCCCUGAGCAGGCCCAGGCUCUGGGAGUCAUUCUUACUCCUGAGCAGGCCCAGGCCCACAGAAUCACAGUCACCCCUGAGCAGGCCCAGGCCCUGGGGAUUGCUCUCACCCCUGAGCAGGCCCAUGCCCUGGGGAUUGCUCUCACCCUUGAGCAGGCCCAGGCACAAGGUAUUUUUUCUCCUAAGAAAUUCCAGGAAUUGGACGUUCCACUAACCUAUAAACAAGUAAAAGCGCUAAGGAGCCAUCUUCCUAAGAAGCAACUUGAAGCCCAGAGAAUUGAAAUCCCACUAACUACCCAACCAGUCCAAGCAUUUGGAGCUCCGCUUUCAAAGAGAAAGGAGACAGAAAUGGGAAUCUCUCCCCUCACUCCCAAGCAGUCCCAGGCAAUUGUAUCUCCACCUUCAAAGAGCAAGGAGAAAGAAUUGGGAAUCUUUCCCCUCACUCUCAAGCAGUCCCAGGCAGUUAAACCUGCCAAGGCAAAACAGCCUCCCCUCACACCCAAGCAGGCCCAGCCAUUGCAGAAGCAGCUUGCUCCAGAGCUCACACAAACACUGCUGUUCGCCAUCACUCUCCAGAAAGCCCAGCACUUGGGUGUCACUUUUACCUACGAACAAACUCGGGCAGCAGCUAUCACCCUCACCUCUGAGCAGAUCUCAACUUCUGAAAAGGGCCAGAAACCAUGGCUCCCGCCGAUAGACAAGCCCUGGACACCAACCCCUGUUUCUAGUACCAGAGAAGCCAAGAUGAUAGUGUCCCCCACUGAUCAGCACCCUGAAGACAGAUAUGUUGUUGAUGUGGAGGCUCAGAGGAAGAACCUGGUCACAUUAAAUCAGGUGGCACAAACUUCUGGACUCCCUGCACAGUAUCUCACAAUUGCCAAGAAUCUCAUAAUCGAAUUACUUCAUAUAGACACAGUUCGGCUGGGGUAUCUGUCCCGAAAGUAUGUUGCCUAUAGGCUGAUCCAGCUUGCCAGAAACCACCUAACCAAACGAGUGAAAACCAUCCACAACACUGGGAAAGGGUACGAGAUUCAGAGCUUGUACACAAUGCUUGAUAGGAUUGACCAGUACCAGAAGAAGGUGAUGCACAGCUGGACGGACAAGCAGAAGCAGCUGGAACAGAGACGAAAGCAGUGCCUCCGGUCUAUGACACAGUUCUUCAGCCAGCUUGAAAGGAGCUAUAAACUCAGUCUUAGCCAGCCCAUGCCUUCGAUCCCCAGUUUUAAGAAGAUACCUGGAUUUACCAAACUUCAGCGGCCGGUCUUGGAGUUAUUAAUUGAUGACAGCAAAAGAUCUGACCUCUUCAAAACACUUGGACAAGCUUCAGUGGAGGCCGUGUGGAAUGCUGACCUGUCUACGUCAAGCUACCCAAUAAUAGAGAAAGCACCAAUGAGUGCGCUCUGGGCCCAGCUGGGUGGGUACCCAGAUAUUCCUAAGCUGCUGCAGUUAGACAUUCAGUCGACCUUCAGAAAAUCUCUUGCUUCCAUCCGGUCACAGUCUAAGAAGAUUCGCAAGUGACCACAAAACCCAAGACAAGCACGUAGAAAGCAGAUUUCAAUGGUUCAGCAA